GAAUCAUCGCAAUGCCAAGACUCUAGAGAGCCGCGUAUAAAUGAGCGUCGAAAUGUAAUCACAAUUGCUGACUAGAUCAUUUCUCAUCAAAAUCUCAUCUGAUUAAUAGCCAUGGAGACUCAACGAAAUUUCCAAACCCUCAAGGGCAAGGUCGCUAUCGUUACAGGCGCUUCUCGAGGCCUUGGUGCUGGCUUUGCUUAUGAGCUUGCAAAAAGAGGUGCAAAGGUUGUGGCUACAUACACUUCUCCAAGCAGCGAAAAGCUUGUGAAGAAGUUGUCUGACAAAAUCGCAUCACUCGAUCCACCAUCAGAAUGCAUUGGUGUCAAAGCAGAUCUCAAAAACGAGUCGUCUCCCGCAGAGAUCAUUCGUCAAUCUGUCGCUGCAUUUGGUCCUCAAAUCGAUAUCCUAGUCAACAACGCGGGCAUGGAAGUCGUCAAAUCUCAUGCCGACAUCACAACAUCCGACUUUGACUCAAUCUUCUACCUCAACGUCCGCGCCCCUCUUCUGCUCCUCCAAGCAGUAAAACCCUAUCUCCCCUCGUCCGGCGGUGGCCGCAUCAUCAAUAUUUCAUCAGUAGGCGCCCGCUGCGGUUUCAAGAAUCUCUCCCUGUACUGCGCUUCCAAAGCAGCUCUUGAAGGACUCACGCGCUCAUGGGCAGCUGAGCUGGGAGAAGAGGGACAUACAGUGAAUGCUGUUAAUCCUGGACCAGUGCAGAGCGAUUUAUUGGACAAUAUUCCCAAGGAGAUUAUCGAGAUGCAGAAGAAACAGACCGCUGCAGGGAAUAGGUUGGGUGAGAUUGAUGACGUUGCACAGAUUGUUGCUUGGCUGGCUUCAGAAGAGAGUCGGUGGAUUACAGGGCAAGCUUUAUCUGCUAGUGGUGGAUUGGAGAUGUACUAGCAUUUUAGAUAUUUGGCACUGUAAUAUGAGUGUAAAUUAUUGUUGGUGAUGCCGG